AUCUGUUCAUAUCUAUUUAAGAUCUAAAACUGGAGUGCAUUGUUUAAAACGAAUCAAAAUAAGUAUAUGAAUAUUUAUGCUAAUUGCAAUUUGCACACUGAAAGCUACAACCAAGAAUUAUACCAAAAAAAUACGUAUAUAUGUACGUAAUACUGUAACUUAUUGACUCUUUUAUGUAUAAUACGAGCGAGAUGAUUGGGUUUUAAAUAUAUUUGUCCUAUUCCAUUCCAACGAAUUCUAAUGUUUCAUUAAACCAUUUCCUCGAUCAAUCCAGCCAGAGCAAACUAGUUAUUCGUCUUAUUUAUUGUUUCUGCAUAGAUUAAUAAAAUGAUAUCAAUUCCUAAUUUAAAGUAACCUCUCUCUCAAAUAGAGAUCAUUUUAUGAUAUCGUGUAAAGUGCCCAACAACGCAUCAAAAUCAAAAUGUACACCGAGUCAUGCGUGCAUCCAACGCCUUGCAAAAAGAGUUCCUGUUCCACUACUAGCAAUAGAAAAUCAGAUUUUGAUGUCAAAAUGGGAUCCUCUCGUUUCCAAAAUUUGUUCCUCAUUUCGCUAAAUUCUCGCGUAAAUGGAUCCGGAAUUAUGCGAAAUGUUAUGGCCGUUCAAAGGGAGAGGAGACGCCAAUGGGUUGCUUUUCCAGCAACGAUUCACCCCUACAGUAAUUUCCGCUGGUAUUGGGAUAUUUUUAUCACCAUCAUCCUUCUCUUAGCGUUAGUGGCAAACCCAAUUCAAAUUGCAUUUUAUUCCACAAAUGAGGAAGACAACCUCGGCGUUGUAAUAGCAAGCUUGAUUGCUGCAAUAAUAUUUUUUCUUGAUAUUUCCUUCAAUUUUCGCACCGGAUUUGAAGACCAGCACAGCGAUCUUGUUAUAUUAGAUCGGAGUGAAAUUGCGAGGACUUAUCUUCGCUCCUGGUUCUUGAUUGAUGUAUUCUCAAGCAUUCCAUUCGAUGCGAUUUAUUACAUCAUCAGUAAUGCCACCGUGUUGGGGACGCAUCACCAUUUUUACUACAAAGUUAUCCGGCUUCUCGGCUUGCUCAAAGUUUUUCGCUUAUUUCGAGUUAUUCAAUGCUUGCAAAGGAUUGAGAAAGCGUUUCAAAUUCCGGAACUGCGAAUUCGCCUCAUCAAUUUACUCGUCAUGAUUUUCACCAUUCUUCACUGGUUGGCUUGUUGGCAUUGGUUAGUUGCGGACUUGUGCAAUCCACCCGGUUACAGGAAGGAAUUUUCCUGGAUUACGAGAACAAAAUUGUGGGAUAAGCCGAACUGGAUUAGAUAUAUAAACGCUGCUUUGAGGGCGUUGUCAAAUAUGGGAUGUUUGGGGUACGGAGGUUUCGCAGGAGAAGCCCCUGCUGAACCGGAAGAUAUAAUUGCAACCUUGAUAAGCAUUAUGAUUGGAGCGACGUGCUUUGCCCUGUAUAUUGGCACGAUGGGAAGCAUUGUUCAAAGUGUUAACGCCUCGGAAAAGAAGUUUGGAGAAGUUAUGUUGGAAGUCAAUGAGUACAUGAAAUUCCGAAAUAUUCCUAAAAAUGUACAACAUCGAGUUAAAACGUAUUACGAACAGAGAUACAGACGAAACUAUUUUGAUGAAGGGAUGAUUCUAGGAAGUGUGUCGGAUGUUUUACGAAACGAAAUGCAAAUGCACAAUUGUCAUCAUUUAGUGGAGAAAGUCUCGUUGUUUAAGUCUUUGCCAAUGUCAUUCCUUACAAGGAUUGUGGCUAAUCUAAAAUUUGAGGUUUACCUACCAAAUGAUGUAAUAAUCGAGGCUGGGAAUGAAGGUCAAGCCAUGUAUUUUAUUCAAGAAGGCGAAGUCAACAUUUUAUCGAAUGACCAACAUGUAUCCACGCUAAGCAGCGGUGAUUACUUUGGGGAAGUAGCUCUUGUUUCGGACAAUUGUAAAACUACGGCUACCGUCGUUGCGAAAGAUUACUGUGAUAUGUAUCGCCUGGAAAGGAGUGAUUUCUUUGCAGUAUUUGAAGGACAUUCUGAAGUUCUUGCGCAAAUAAAAAAGGUUGCGCAAAGAAGGAAUGAAGAUACACAAAGAAAAACCAGCACAGUUACCAAAUCUUGUCUUGAGUUGGUUAUUGAGUAAUUGAACGAAAUGGUGAAAACUAAUAUUUAAGAUUAAAGAAUCUAUAUAAUCCAUGUAUUUAAAAGAUUAUAAAGAUCCAAAUUUGAAGUAAAUGCUACAGGGAAUGCAAGAAGUAAGUAAAUUGUUAAUAGUCGUUAAAUCUACAUACAGCGUCUGACAGUCUUAUCAAUGUGCCCCUCAACUACCUGAUCAAUUGCAGACAACUUUCUUACAAUAAUAUCUAUUUUUAAUAUAUGUAAAUAGCAAUUGUAUGAUGUUAUCAUUCAUGAAUUAACACAGCCUGACUAACUAAUUUCGCUACCCAUUAGCAUUUGAAAUGUCUUAAAGCAGUCAUUGUUGGUUUUUAAAAUGUUUAAGGAAAAUAAACCCCAAAAAAAUUUGGAAAAUGA